AUGUUGACGGAAACGGCAAGGAAGGCCGGUCAUUUGCGUCGAAACAGUGUCCAGAUUCAAGAAGUGACUGGCCUGCAAGUGAAAAUUAAGAGCGAAGAGGAAGCACAGGUCCAGUCUAACAACCACACCGACGACCACAUGGAUGUGGAUGUGCAAAAUGUCGAAAUUGUGGUGAUCCAACCUAACACCCGCCUCCCAUGUACAGAAGAAAAGACGGGCAAUUUCGAUUCACAAUUCCUAGAAUUAUGCCAAGAAAAUCCGUCCCUGGAAAAUGCUGUAAGUCUUCCUGGAUUUCAACCUCCCUUCGACUGGAUGUUCAGAAAUUCAUUGUUACCGUUGAGUGUGAACCCACCUUAG